CAUUUUGUGUGCCGCAUUUUUAACACAAAAAAGCAAAAAAACACAAGUUGAGGAAACAUCUCGAAGCUGUAAGUAGCUAAGUGGGAUUUGUGGUUUUGUGCUAGAAAUCAAUGAUUAAGCGACAGACGAUGUCACUAGAAGAGCUAAAAAAAGACUCUGCAGAGUUAACACUUUUGUUAGGUUACGCAUCUCGGCAAAAAUGCAAGGAUAUUUUAAUUAAGGCAAAAGCAGAGGUUGACAAAGAAGUUGUUAAUUUGGAAAUCAAAGAACGUCUUUCUACUGAUCAGAAAGCAGAGAGUGGUGAGCACACACCAAAAAGAUAUCUGAAGGAACUGAAUGAAUAUGCGUGGGACCAAAGUGAGAAGUUCGUCCAAUUAUUUGUUACAUUAGACGGCAUACAAAAGGUAGAGGAAUCUAAUGUAAACGUUACUUUCAAUGAGAACUCAGUUACUUUGCUUGUGAGCAAUUUGGACAACAAAGAUUAUAAUCUUGUAAUAAACAAUCUUCUAUCGUCAAUUGACGUGGAAAAGAGCUACCGUAAGAUAAAAACUGGAAUGGUUGCUAUUUAUAUGAAAAAGAAGAAAGAAAAUGUUAAAUGGGAAUAUCUCACCACAAUUCACAAACGUUUGCAGGAAAAAAAAGAUGAAGAAAUGAAGGCUGAUACGGAUUCGAAUGAAGAUGCAUUGGUUGGCAUCAUGAAAAAAAUGUACAAUAGUGGUGAUAGCAAGGUCAAGCAGAUGAUUGCCAAAGCAUGGACUGAAAGUCAAGACAAGCGAAAUAAAGGUGAAAAUCCAAUGGAUGAUUAAAACCAAACAAUAAUAUUCAAUAAGUUAUAUUCCGCCAUAAAUAAAGGCACAUACAUUUCAUAAUUA